UUCUUUUUUCCAUUUUUAACAUUUCGUCCCGAGAAGCCGAGACCUUGAUACUUCCCCGCGGACGGCGGCGGCGAUGGGCGCCGAGGGCAAGUCGAGGAAGCGCCGCUCUUCACCCUCCUCAGAGCAGGAGGAGAUGGAGCGGAAGAAGAGGAGGGACAAGAAGGAGAGCAGGAGGAGCAGCCGAGAUGACAGCGGGCACAAAGAGGACGAGGAGGAGAGGCGCAGGAGGAAGAAGAAGCAGCACGGCGACAGGGGCAAAGACAAAGAGAGGGAUUCGAAGGAGAAGCAUUCCAAGGAGAAGGGCAAGCGAAAACACAAGGAUGAUGGUUUCAAAGAAAUAUCCAAAGAUGACUACUUCUCAAAGAACAAUGAGUUUGCAACUUGGUUAAAGGAAGAAAAGGGCAAAUAUUUCUCUGAUCUUUCUUCGGAGUCUGCUCGCGAUCUUUUUGAGAAGUUUGUGAAAACUUGGAACAAAGGGAAGCUUCCAUCACAAUACUAUGAGGGGAUUACUAGUGGUCCACGGUCAGCGCACAGGUGGAACAUCAAAGCUUGAUACACUGCUUCAUCAUACUCCUGCAGCGCCUGAGGCCUUCUGUAUUUUGUUGAGGAAAUUGUUCUAUCAGGCUACCAGUAGUAUUUAUUUCAUCGUUUAGGUUUCUGUAUCUAAGUUCAUAUAGUUUGGUCUAAAAAUGGAGAGUAGAUCUUGGUUCUGGAUCCCUGUUUUUAGCAUCUAUGCUCAGUUUUGUUGCUGCCUUUCACUUUAACUUUGAAAGAUGCUUACAGUGAGAAAAGUAUCUACUGUUUUUAUCCAUGACAAAAAUCAAGUGUUCAAUUGUUUAAGUGAUGAUUACCAUGGGUUGUGUUCUU